CUACAGUUCUUCCAAUUCCCGCGCCCGGAAAAUCCGUUUUUUAAUCUAUGGAAGCAAGCUUGCCAUGCUUCCCUGAGCCGCAUUCUACCUUUCAAGAAGCCCGUUGUUUGUGCACUUCACUUCCAUCCUAACCUUAUAGGCGGACGUAGACUAACAUCUUCGGCAGUACCAUCUCUGCGUCUAGACGUUCCCAAUGAUUUGAAAGCCGUUGAACAGCAAGCUAUGGUAGAGGAAAUUGAACGCAGCCGCAAGUGCGCAUAUAUAAAUGCCGUCGUCUAUGAGUGGUUAGUACGUGCCAAUCUAAAUCCUCAGCUACGUGGUUCCAUAACGCAUGGUAUGAUCAAGGAAAAGGCUGCUUCAGCGGGACAGCUUAUUGGCUCGACUUCGUUCGUGGCUGACAAUCGUUGGCUCAAUCGCUUCCGUGAAACACACUUAACUGGUUUUGCACAAAAAUUGGCCAAUAAUCAGUUAAAACCGCUAGGAGUAUCUCUCUGGAUUCCAGAUAUUGUACAAGACCUCCAACAUCUAUUUCCACCUACGAGCGCUGAGCGUGUUGCCAAAUUAGAAAGUUUACCGGAACAUUAUAUGAACUACAUGCAACAGUAUGGUGAAUAUGAAGAGGAUGAUGAUCAAGAUUCGCAGGGUCAGUCCUUGAAGGAGCAACAACAAAGUCACGCCGGUUAUGACGCUUACGGUCAACCGCUGCCGAAUUAUAAUGGCAGUUAUGAUGGGUAUGAAGGCUAUUACGAUCGACAGAAUCAACAUAACAGCUAUAACUCGCCACAACCCUCACGACCAGCCUCACACUCACCUCCACAGCAACAGCUGCAAAAAUUAGCCUCUCCAGCGCAUCGUGCCAGCCCAAUACAACAGCCACCAACAAAACGAGCACGUUCAGAGGAUGACGAAGUCACGGAAAUACCGAAUGGUAACAAUGUGACUGAUUUGACGAGUGAUUGCGAAACAAACGAGUGCGAUAUAAAACCCAUAAAACUGGUUAAUGGUAAGAACACACCUAACGGCAGUAGUGGGCAUACACCAGCGCCUUCACCGAAACCUGUCACAAACGGCAAUGGCAGCACGAAUGGUGUUAAUAAAGGUGCGGAAACGGACCUUACAUCUUAUACACAAGCUCUCGAAUAUCUUAAACCUUUGGAAGACUUUGCACUUUCAAUGGAAAACUUCCGCGCCAUAGGAUUAAUCUCACAAUUGGAGACCAUAUUAAGAAAGGGUGAAAAUAGGCGGUUAGCUGCAACCCAGUAACAUUUCUACGACGAGAUAAUAACAGGACUUUAUGUCUUAUUCCUUCAGGCUGAUGUGAUUUACCUACUUGUGUAAAUAAUUUUUAGAAAGUUCUAGUAUUAUUAGACUCUAUAUGCUAACAUAACCGUUAUUGAUGCACCCUUAUCUUUUUCUUUAAUUACUCUAUUUAGCAAUAAAAAACUACUAUAUAGUACUUAGAAGUCAGUCAAUGAGAAAAUUAAAAUAAAAAAACGGUGACAAAGACAUUGUUAAUAUAUUAUUUAUUAUAUGGUAUAAUUUUGACUGUAAAAAUAAAUAAAAGGAUAGGUACAGCUGUCCUUUUAAACCAACUUAAAAAUAUGUGGUUUUAAUUUAUUCUAAAAUAAUGCCAUUAAGCUACUAAAAGUAUAAAACGAAUUUCAUACAUUUAUGUAAAAUAAAACACAGAGUGCAAAUAAAAGCAGACAUUAAACAUAAAUAAUAAUACUCACAUCGCUAAUUAUUAGCAGUUCAGAAUCAAAUACGCAAAAAUGCUUUUAGUACAAAAUGACCUUUGUCCGAUCCCAGGGUAGUUAAGUCCACUUACUUUUAAGAAAAGAGGUACUGCCACACGCACAACAUCUCCGUGAAUAUAAAAAAGAUGUUUAAUUUUUCUUAUAUAAUUAGCGUUUCCAUUUGACUGCUUUCCUCUUUGCUUUGUAACAUUGUUCACAAAAUUUUUUAGCCUCUACAUCUUCUUGCGCUUUACAAACGGCCUUAAACAGCCACAUUUUAAUUAUCUGGCGCCUUCUGAUGCUUAAUUUUCGUGUUUCUUCGAACGCACGCUCAAAGAAGUCUUUUAACUCGAGUUGAGUGAAAACGUCAUUAGAGAUAUGAUGGUGGUAAUUUUUUAAAGUAUCAUUUUUCUCGUCUGCUUCUACAUCGGCAUGUUUUCUUUUUUUCGAUUUAGCAUUUUUCGAGUUAGAUAGUGUUGUUGUAUCAGUAUUAGACUUCCGAAUCGGAUAGCCAUUUGUAACGUUCACCUCGUCUUCAUCAGAUGAUACCAGCGAAAUGAUGUCUUGGGCAUCGUUUAGUGCAAUAUCAUUUAUUUCCAAUAGAGGGUUGUCCAUUGGGUCGUUGUUUUCGAUAUAUCGUUUAAAUUUGGAAAAUGACGUUUGGCAGCAUUGAAUUCAUUAAUUUCUUUUGCUGGUUUUUGGUAUGCUUCAAUCUCUGCGCUUUGUGGCUUCCCAAGCAUUGCUGGUACAUCAUUUUUAAAGUUAUCCUGAUCUAGUUCGUAUAUAAUAAAUUUAUCAACGGUUUGUGAAGCAACUAAUGGGGAAGCAUCAUCUAUGUCAAUGCUUUCUAUAAUAUUGUAUGUAGAAUCAGGUUCAUCUUUUUCAGAUUUAGUGCAGACUGAUAGUUCUAUAUUUUCUUUUUCGGGUGUUAAGGAGCACUGUCGUCGGCCAGUUCUUUCUUUAUCUGCGCAAGCAUUGCAUCGCAUCAUCGGAAUCACAGUUUUCAAUUUCUAUCACUACCUCGGUUUCAUCCAUUGUAGAAUCCCAAGGAGGCAAAUAAAGG